CCUCAAGCACGACGACGCAGAGGCAGAGCAUGACGAGACAAGAGACCGCUCCGUGGACACAGGGCGGCACCAGUCUGCGAGAAAACCCGGAGGCUGGGCCCAGUCGGUUACCAGCGCGUGGCGAUUUUCGGACGAUGGGCCGAAUCGACCAAGGUGUGGAUGGUAGUGGGGAUGUGCGGAUGGAGGGGGAGGGGGGAGAGGGGAGGAAGGCAGGUGGGAAGAGUAAAUCGAGGCUGUUUGGGGCGAAAGCAGUGGCGGCGAUGACGGGCGCGAUGGCUACGAGUUUGCUGAUGACCCCCUUCGACGUCCUCAAAACCCGACUCCAAACCGUGCCCCCUCACCCCUCCCACCCACCACCCCCACCCAUAUCCCCCGAAUGCUGCCAAACCACCCUCCCCAACCCCGCAUCCACAUGCGCCACCUCCCCCUCCCCCUCCCCUCCAUCUUCUACCGCUGGUACAAAACCCCAAGGCCAGCUGUCAUUUAGCGCUUCCCUCCGUCCUUCCUCUGCGCCUGUAGCCCCCCCGAGCGGGUGUUUGAACCCCUCAAAGUGGGCGGGCAUAUGGGGCGAGACGCUGGUCAUCGAGAACGUCGCGAGGGCCGGGGGCGGGGGGAGCGGGGUGCUGGUGCUACCGAGGCAGCUUGAUGCUCAGCACCUGCGGGGGGCUGGGGCUGCUUUUGGGGAACAGUCGAGGAAGAUGUUGGGGGGGACGUUUUGGAGGGAAGUGAGGGCGGUUAGGGCUGAGGCGGGGGUGAAGGGAUUAUGGAAGGGUGUUGGGACUGCCAUGAUGAUGGGUAUCCCCUCGUCUGCUAUCUAUAUGCUCGGCUACGAACACCUCUCCACUAUCAUCUCCCCCUACUUUCUCCCCGCCGAAACACCCCUCUACGCUUCCACCUCCUCCUCUUCAACCACAGAAGAAGAAGGAUUCAUCUACGAAGACGACCAGCUGCAGAUCCUCACUCCCCCGCGCCCUUCUUCGUCGGGUAUAACGACAUUGUCUGCAAGUCUGACGCCUGUACCGCUGAUAGCAGGGAGUCUUGCGAGGACGUUGAGUGCGACCGUCAUCUCGCCCAUAGAAAUGUUCCGGACGAGGCUCCAAGCUCUUCCUACACCAAACAAACCCCCACCAACCUACGCCUCCGUCUCUUCCGACCUCCUCUCCCUCACCCGCUCCAAAGGCCUCUCCGUCCUCUACCGCGGCCUCGGCCCAACACUCUGGCGGGACGUUCCCUUCUCCGGGCUAUACUGGGCCGGAUUCGAAGGACUCAAAACGUUCCUCACGCGGUCGCCCCUUGAAGGAAGAGGGGGCGGGAGGAGCUGGGCGGAUAGGGCUGGGAUGGGGCCGACGGGGGUGAGCUUUACGGCGGGGUUUUUGAGUGGGACGCUGGCGGCGCUUUUGACGCAGCCGUUUGAUGUGCUCAAGACGAGGAGGCAGGUCUUCAACCCUCUGCCUUCUUGUCCGCCUUCGUUCUCUUCUCCUCUCCCCUCUCUUCCUUCCAUCCUCCACCACUCAUCCUCUUCCUCUUCUUCCUCCUCAUCCUCUUCCUCUUCUUCCUCCUCAUCCUCUUCUUCUUCUUCCACUAACAAAGGCGGUCCCUCCCAAAAACGAGUCCGACCAUCCACCCUCGCCCUCUGCCGGCACGUCAUCAAAGAAGAAGGGUGGCAAGCUGUCUUUAGAGGGACGAGCGCGAGGUGCGGGAAGGUGGCGCCGGCGUGUGGGUUGAUGAUUGCCUGUUAUGAGGGGGUUGGGCGGGUACUUGGGGGGGAUGAGUAGAUUCGAACUCAAUCAUGAGAGAAUGGAGAAGGGAGAUGGGGAAAGAGAGGAAGGAGUGGAGCAUUCAAUAAGUGUAUAAAAGAAAGGCAUUAGGCGUAGAUAUAUAGUAGAGAAGGGAGUGCAUUUUACAUCUCAUCAGUUCACUUACCGUAUGUCAUCAUAUAACGUAUGCGCAG